AUGGAGGAAGAGGUGGUAGCGGUAAUCGAGGGCGGAGUACAAAUGGAAUUCGUGGACGAGGCGGAAGCGGGUGUCGAGGACGGGUUGGAAGUGGAGUACGUGUUGCAAACGGGAGUGAAGGUAUUUUUUUUUCUUUAUCUUAUUUAUUUUUCAGACAUUAUAGUUGAGGGGGACAUUAGGAUCACUGCUACCGUUUUGGAAAAGACACUAGAAGAGAACAACGUAGAGUAUGUGCAGGAUGAGAACACUGUCACGCCUGAAAGCAAUUAUCAUUUGGAAGUAGACGACAUGGAUACAGCAGUUUUGAAUGACGAACAACAUGAUCGAGAUUGUGAAUUUUUAGCUUUUGGAGGUGACAGUGGAGGUGACAGUGGAGGUGACAGUGGAGGUGCUGAGGGGAGUUGUUUGGAUGAUGUUUCUUCUGGAAUUGAUGAUCCGGAUCAUUUGCAUGACGUGAACAACUGCAACGAAAGUAAUGGUCAGUUAGAAAAAUCAUACACGUCAACAAAUGAUCAACGAAGGAAGGGAUUAGCUGCGCUAUGUAGUGUUCCGGUUCGCCAUCAACCAUACAAUCACUUAAAUACCCCGGAUACGCUGGAACAAUAUGUCGCUCGCACUCCACAAGAGGCUGCUAAAGUGGCGUCUCGAGUGUGGUCAGAAGAAGGUAUUAUUAUUUCAAAACAUUUAGUAUUAUUUGUAAGUUUAACUCACUUCUUCUCACUCUAG